GGUGGGGGUGGUGGGGGUGCUGGCCAGGCGGCGAGCCGAGAGCCAGCGGGCGGGAGGCGGCGGAGCGGAGCCGAGCGGAGGCUGAGAGCCCCGUGCGCCCCGGCCCCCGCCGGGCCCGCCGCGCGCCCCCUCCCCUCGCCUCGCCUCGCCUCGCCGCCUCCUCUCGCUCUUCUCGCCUCCUCUCCUCCGCCCCGCGCCGCUCCUGCGCCCGGGCCCCUGCCUCGCGCGCUCUCGGCCCGGCCCGGCCCGGCCGGGACCUGGUCCCGGCGGUCGGCACGGCCCCUCCCCCCGGGACCCGGAGAUUCCGGACCUUUCCGACCGUGGACUGAGCGGCAGGAGCAUUGUCGCCCCCGGCGGACCGCGGGGCUGCGCGGACGCCGCAGGUGCCGGAGCGCGGUCGUUCUGGGUCCGGGGUGAGAGCGUCCCGGGCGCCCACGGGUACCUGCUCCCUCCGGGCAGGGCAGGGCAGACCCCGGCGGAGACCGGAGCCGGCGGAUCUGGACUGGACAAAGCGAAUCCCGGACGGUGCCGAGCCCGGGGAAUGCUGGGCGUGGGCUAAGGGGAUCCCGGCGUCCUCCCAUCCCUCCGACUUUGGCUCACUCGCUGGGACCGGCCCAGUGUCGCCUGGGUCGCCCUGUGCCCGGGUCACCUGUGGCCUCGGAGCCCCGGACCCGCCGGACCCUUGCUCAUUCCCCACCGGGAGCCCGGCGGGGGUUGGAGGAGAUUUUUCCUGCCCUCUUCCUUGGAGCGGGGAGGCCCCGCCCCCUCCCACCGCCCAGAUGUCUCCGGUGGCGGCUCUGAGGACCUCCCUGAGGCCAGGGGCCGAAGGGUCCAGAGAGAGAAGCCCGCCCUAGGGAGCCUUGGGGGCCCCCCAACCUCGCCUUGGGACUUGGCCCCCGACGCUGCUCGGAAGGAAGGCCGGUGCCCCCACCUUCGGGGGCUGCCCUCCUCCAAUCCAGCUCCCUUCCCAGAGCCACCCACACCUGGAGCCCCCUACACAUCUGGAAGACCCUGGCCACCAGCCCUCUGCAGGUGUCAGUUGCAUCCCAAGACCUCUGCCUUUGCAACUGCCUAGGAGUUGUGAGGGGGUUACUGCUGCCUUCCCCCCAUCCCAAGGGCAUCUCUUACCCUUAGUCCCUGCAGAGUCAUCCCCCUGCCUCUGUGUCCAGCUCAGCACACCCACAGGCACUUCAAGUCCUGGAGGCCACUCCUGAGAACCAAGGCCCCUCCCCCUGCCCUUCUAUGUCCUCACCUUGACCCCCUCUGUCAGACUCUGUCUCCCUCUGGGUGUCCCAUUCCCCACCCAGAGGUAGAGGAGGCGAGGUGGCAGGGGGCAGGGGCUGGGUGAGGACCACCCAGGGCCAGGGUGGGCUGGGGGGCCGUUAAGAUGUGGAGCUCUGCCUGGCCGAGGGGGGCUCCGUGGAGGCAGACACAGCGUGUGCCCGGCUGGGGGGAGUAUGGGCAGGCCUGCGGCCACGUGGUAAAGGAUGAACAUUCGGGGCACCCCGGACCUCGGGCAGCCCAGUGACGACCCCAGCAGUGGUGGUGAGCGGGAGCGGAUUCGACAACGCAUGAAGAUGGUCAUCGGGCAGCUCGAGGGCAUCCUGCGAGAGCUCAAGGAGGUGGCCAAGGAGCUAAGGGAGGUGGUGAGCCAGAUCGAUAAGCUAACCUCAGACUUCGACUUUGAACUGGAGCCAGAUGACUGGACCACAGCCACUGUGAGCAGCACCUCCAGCAGCGACAAAGCAGGUGUGGGCGGCCCCUUUGACCUGGGCCACCUGGACUUCGUGACAGCCGACAUCCUCUCGGACAGCUGGGAGUUCUGCUCCUUCCUGGACAUCCCCACCCCCUCAGACUCCGUGGACGGCCCCGAGCCUGCCCGGCCGGGGGCUGGCCCUGACUACCGGCUCAUGAACGGCGGCACGCCCAUCCCCAACGGGCCCCGGGUGGAGACCCCGGACUCCUCCAGCGAGGAGGCCUUCAGUGCCGGCCCCCCGAAGGGCCAGCUGCCCCAGCGGACCCCGGGCACGCGGGAGAGGGUGCGCUUCAGCGACAAAGUGCUCUACCAUGCUCUGUGCUGUGACGACGAGGAGGGGGAUGGCGUGGAGGAGGCGGCAGAGGAGGAGGCGGGCCUGUCCCCAGAGCCUCCCCACACAGAGGCCCCGGCUGGCGCCCUCAAGCCCUCCCCGGCUCCCUACAAGCCAAGGCGCUCGCUGCUGACUGGCCGCUGCUCGGGCCCGACCUUGGCCCCCGAGCAGACCCGAAGGGUCACGAGGAACAGCAGCACCCAAACGGUGUCAGACAAGAGCACUCAGACGGUGCUGCCCUACACGGCCAGACAGAAAGCCAAGGGGAAAAACUAGGGGCCCGGGAGGGGCUUGGGGCUGUGGGCACAUAGAGCUAUAAAUAUAUAUAUAUUUAAACAAA